UAAAGUCCCGAUGACAUAAUCCUGGUUUCCGCAUGCUGCAGAGACACAGACUGUUUCAGUUCCACAUUGUGUCUGUGACUGACAGUAGAUAAAUAAAAGAUGAGUAUCAGUGAAACCACAGCAAGAUGGAGGAAUGUCCUGCCACAUAGCAAGACGGCAUUUAUGAAAUGCCUUCAACGCCACUGGCAUGAUGGUGGAUACUGAUGUAGGCGGAGCUCCUGUGAUCAAGUGCUUCUGUAGGAAUAAUAAUAAAAAACACACACACACACACACACAGCAGGGCACACCAGGUUUGACAGCAGUCGGCGCAGGUUCAGGUGGUGAACAGACACCUGCUGAGAAGAUGCUGCUCAGACUCGCGAUCCUCUGCCUUCUGGUCUCUCCAGUGCUGUCAUUGGAGUGCUUUGUGUGCAGUUCUUCUCCCACCAAUGAAGCAUGCAACCAGAACACUCAGGUGUGUCAGGCGCCGCUGGACAUGUGCAUGACUAUCGUCGAUAUUUUAGGCUCCACAACAGCCAUAGUGAAGCAGUGUGCCAGCCAGGCCACAUGCACUGGAGCUGCUGCGAGCGCCUCACUCGACGCAAACGGAAACGGGAACACUGUCAACUGCUGCAACAGUUUUAAUCAGUGUAACUUCAGUGGAGCCGAGUCCAUUCACAUACACACGAUGCUGCUGCUGGUGGCUGUAGGUGUAUUAUUACUGCUAGCACGCUGAAGAAGGAUAAACGCUG